AUGAGCGAUCACAAUUUCCUAAGUAAUCUCAAUGAACAGCAGUAUAAAGCAGUAGUGUCCCCUGCAUCGUCGCUCCAGAUAUUGGCAGGUCCCGGAUCAGGAAAAACAAGAGUCUUGACCACCCGGGCGGCAUGGCUCGUGCUCGAGAAAAAGAUAGAUCCGGAAAGGAUCAUGGUAGUCACAUUUACCAACAAGGCUGCCAGAGACAUGAAAGAAAAGCUGGAACAGCCUACUUUGCUGGGAAAACGUGUCUCCUCACAGCUUAAAAUGGGGACGUUUCACUCCAUCUGCGCUUGCAUUGUGCGACGGUACUAUAGCUUUGUGGGCCUAAAAAGUAAUUUCACCAUCGUUGAGCCGGCGACCUGCUUAAAGCUCAACUCAGCGAAUUUGCGCAGGAUGCCAAAAAAGCGGGUAUAUAUGUUUGAUCUUCCAAUCUGUUCGUUCAAGGGAGUUUACCAUCGUUUUGUAGGUUAUUUCUAUAGUGAAAUAUCGAAAGCAAAGAACCAAGGCCUGAAAUGCGCCGAGUUUGCAGCAACUCGAGGGAAAGAGUUCAAAUACCGAGAUAUAGCGGUUCUCUAUAGUGCUUACGAAGAACGGCUGUUGUCACAAAAUCUCGUGGAUUUCGAUAAUCUACUGCUCUACGGUAGGGAUUUGUUCCGAUACGUGACCGAACUCGAGAAUUUUGUCGGUCAUGUUCUCGUGGACGAGUUCCAAGAUACAAAUGUCGUCCAGUAUGACUUGGUGUGUUUGUUAACGCAGAAAGGCCAGAGUCUUACUAUUGUCGGAGAUCCGGAUCAGGCUAUCUUUGGAUGGCGAUAUGCAGAUGUUACCAAUUUUAUAAAGAUGCGGAGCGACUUUCCUCAGACAGAAAUUGUCAAUCUGGAAAGAAAUUAUCGCAGUACUUCAUCCAUCCUCAAUUCGGCACUUCAUGUUGUCAGCUAUGAUAAAGACCGAAUCGAAAAGGCACUGUUUACGACCAAUGCAGAAGGCGUACAGACGUCGUUGCUGUCGACAUCUUCCGCUGAGACCGAAGCAGGCACUGUUGCCGAGGAGAUCCUUCGUAUAGUGAAAUACUCCAAUGGCUUGAUCAGCUACAAGGACAUUGCCGUGCUCGUCCGGAUGAAUUUCAUGUCGCGAAAUUUGGAACAAGCAUUUGCUGCCUUAAGUCUUCCACAUAUUGUGCUGGGCGGUCUGCGCUUCUUUGAGCGAGCGGAAGUAAAAGAUAUUCUUUCCUAUCUCAGCUUCUUCCAUAACCCAUACGAUACCGAAGCCCUUGAACGCAUCAUUAAUGCUCCCAAACGAGGUAUCGGCGAAGUCACUUUACAGCGAAUACAGAAGCUCUGUCAUGAGCGGAAAGCGGAAGCCAUUGAUAUUCUGAAAGCGAUCUGUGGCAUUACAAAGCCAUCUGAACCUUGUGAUGUGGUUAUAUCAGCUGCAGCCAAGAAUGGACUGAAGCGACUGCUCAAUUUGUGUACAGAGGUUCAGACCAUGUUGAAAGAAAAGCAAACCAUUGCUGACAUCAUCAAGCAUAUCGUGUCCUCCCUUGAAUAUGAACAAUAUUUGAAGUUAUCCUACAAGCAAGACUGGGAAUCACGUUGGGAGAAUAUUGGUGAAUUGGUCACAGUAGCUAAGAGCUUUGCUAGUGGCAGUCAAACUCAUACCGUGCCUGCACUUAGUACCGAUACCUCGGAUCUGCUGGUACAAUUUCUGGAAUCUACAACACUCGAUGUGGAUAGAAAAGAACAUGAAGAAGCCUCUGAAGGAAAAGUAACCAUCGCUACAAUGCACACAGCCAAAGGACUUGAGUGGCCUGUUGUUUUCGUUGUAGGCUGUGAAGAAGGCAUUGUACCUCAUCAAAAGGCUGACACCAAAGAAGAGAGCCGUUUAUUAUAUGUUGCAAUGACUCGGCCUAGAUGUUUCCUUUAUUGCACUUACGCACGCGUUCGUACCGUGUGGGGCAACACCAAAGCAAGCGAUUUGACCCGUUUCUUAUCCAACUUAUCCCCAGACUUUUAUCAAGAGCGUACGCCUCCAUGGGAUGCCAAAGUGCGAACAUGGGUUGCUGGUUUGCUUAACAGGCCCUUACCUGAAGAAUCUGGCAAUUUAGAGCAUCCUGGUGAUUACUAUCCUGUCCUUAGCGAGGACAAUAAGUAA